AUGAGCGGCUAUAUAACGGGUGAAACUGGGAGCAGAGGCAACAGUCAGACAGGAGUUCUGAGUUACAGAGGCAGACGAAGGCGAAAUACACUCAAUACAGCAACGAUGCAUAAGCUGGUAUUCUGCUGUCUCAUUAUUGUCAGCUUCUCCUACCCUCUCUCAUCUCUGCCCAUCAUCAACUCCAGUGAGAUGUCUUAUCAGCUCUCAGCUGAUGAAGAUUCGAGAUCAAACCUGGAGCGGUUGGGGAGCCUGGGAAGCACGUCCCUGCUCCAGCUUCUGCCAGAGCUCUUGGGUGCAGCAGCUGAAGACAACAAAGCAGGUCUCAGAACCAACAGCUACAACCCAAGGGAAAAUAUCAAAGAGACUUUCUAUGGAAACCACCCUCGAAUUGCUCUGCUGGGCCGCUUCUCCACCAAAGACAGGAAACAGUACAAGAAACGUGGAAAUCUUUCCGAGUGCUUCUGGAAAUACUGCGUGUAA